UCGUCAAGACACCAACAACAAAGUUAAAUCAUGGCAAUGGUCUGGGCAUCGCUCCUUGUGUCUGGCGUCCUGUGUAUAAGUUCCCAGUACAUUAAUGUGAAUGAAAAAGACGACUGUGCCAGUCACGGAGAGGUAAAAGAACGAAUUAAAGGACUUCUGAAGCAACAAGAAAGGAUCCAAAAAUCUGUAGAUUCUCUCAUUCAGAUGGUGAAUAGACUGGAUGAAAAUAUGACCAGAAUCCAUAAAGAUGUCCAAAUCGUCAAGAAAGAAUUAAUUCUAGAUGUAGUGGAUUGUCAGGAUCUCUUUAUCAAAGGAUACCAGCAAUCUGGACAAUAUACUGUUUAUCCUUGUGGUAUUCAGAGCCCCGUUAACGUAUAUUGUGACAUGGUAACAGAACGGGGAGGAUGGACGGUAAUCCAGAAACGAGUCAGUGGGGAUAUACAUUUUGACAGAACAUGGGCGGAGUAUAAGAAUGGAUUCGGUCACCCUAAUGAUUCUUACUGGAUUGGAAACGACGUAAUAUAUCAAUUUACCAAGGGAAGGAACUCCUCCCUCUACGUUUCCAUCACACUGAUUAAUGGGACAAGGCUCUAUGAAUUAUACAACCAGUUCUCUGUUGCUGAUGAAACCAACAACUACAGACUUUUUCUUGGAGGACCAGCUACCGGGACACUGGGUAUGUAAACGGAAACAGAAAGUUU